AUGAUCGAGCUCGGCUGGACCUCGCCUCUUGCUACACGAGAUCUCGGCCGUACCUCGAUCGAAUCUCGGCUGCACCUCGACCGUACCUCGGCUGUACCUCGGCUGUAUCUCGGCUGCACGGCUGUACCUCGGCUACCACCUCGGCUGCCAUCUCGCCUUAAGGCCUACCCGGACAAGCGCAUGCACAUCACCAACGAGCUCAUCCACAACCCUGGCGUCAACGACCUGCUCAAGGGGAUGGACAUCGAGUUCAUGGAGAAGGACGGCCGACUCGGGGGGGGGGGGGGGGCAAGCGGAAAAGGGUGGUUGAUGAAUGGACACUACGUCAUCCUGCCCGCGUUUGGCGCCUCGCUUGAGGAGAUGUCGCUGCUGGACGCGAAGGGGGUCACAACCGUCGACACGACUUGCCCGUGGGUCUCAAAGGUGUGGACCACCGUCGACAAGCACCAGCUGUCCGAGAUGACGUCCCUGAUCCACGGAAAGUACCAGCACGAGGAGGCCAUCGCCACGGCGUCGAUGUGCGAGACGUACCUCAUCAUCAAGGACAUGGCGCAGGCGCAAGAGGUCGCCCCCUACAUCCUCGACGAGGGGCUGGUGGACUCUUACGAGGAGUUCAUGGACAAGUACCGCAAGGCCGCCUCGCCGCACUUUGACCCGCGCAAGCACCUCAAGAAGAUUGGGCUCGCCAACCAGACCACCAUGUACAAGAAGGAGACGCAGGCAAUCGGCAAGCUGCUCGAGAAAACGAUGAUGGUGGUGCAUGGUCCGGAGAACGUCAAGCACCACUUCGCCGCCUUCGACACCAUCUGCGACGCGACGCAGGUCCGGCAGGACGCUGUCAACGAGAUGUCGGACGAGGCGCUCGCGGGCGACAAAGAGCUUGACUUCAUCCUGGUCGUUGGCGGCUGGGACUCCUCCAACACGGCGCACCCCGGACUCGAGAGAUCCCGUCUAUCAGCUACUGUGCCCGGCUACCACGUCAACGAGGCACCCUGCAUCCGGCCGGACGACACGCGAUUUGUUGACAGCGCCAUCCUCGUCACGGACAACUUUUUGCCCUCGGGCCGCCCCGUCCGCAUUGGCGUCACUUCGGGCGCCUCCACCCCCGACUCGGUCGUGCAGGAGUGCAUCGAGACCAUCACGAUGUUGCGUAAGGUGCAGGGUGGCGGCGCCCGGGCCGACGCCGCGCCGCGGGAGGCAGAGUCAGAGGCCGAGGCGCCGCCCGCCGACACGCCGCCGCCCGCCGACACGCCGCCGCCCGCUGGUUUUGAGUGGGGGCCAGCCUUUUAG